AUGCGUCCCUCUCCACUCCACGUCUUUCGAGGCGCCUCAAAAGCCCUUCCUUCCUAUGCGUCCCUCUCCCUCUUCACGCGUCCCUGCCUGCCCAAAUCCGUUUCGUCACCCCGUUCUAGAUGCCCUUUCCUCUCCGUGCACCCUGUCUGCACCUCCCAUGCACUUGCGCGCCGUCUUUUGAGGCGCCUCAAAAGUCGUCUCCGUGCACCCUGUCUGCACCCUGUCUGCACCUCCCAUGCACUUGCGCGCCGUCCCUCCUCCUCAUCCCUCCCUCCCCCCAGCAACGGGUCGCACAAGGUGAAGGGGUCGGAGCGGCCGGUGAUGGAGGACAGGGUGGCACCCCAACUCUUCUAUGGCGUGCACAAGGUGAAGGGGUCGGAGCGGCCAGUGAUGGAGGACAGGGUGGCGACGGUGGUGGAGGGGGAGAAGAGCCCUUCCUUCUUUGCCGUGUUCGACGGCCAUGGGGGUGCUGCUGUCGCCGACCAUGGGGGACCCCGCUGUCGCCGAGUGAGUGGUGGGUUGGAUGGUUGGGAGUGGGGCACACAGGCACACGGGCGUCUGUUUGCUGAGGAGGGGUGCUGCAUUCCCGUUUCCGUGUCUCACUAUUGCCACAUUCUAAUACGUGCAUGUUCCUCACGCCUCUCCCUCCCUGGCGUCUCCCAUUCCUCCAUCCCUCCCAUCUCACCUCCAUCCCUCCCAUCUCACCUCCAUCCCUCCCAUCUCACCUCCAUCCCUCCCAUCUCACCUCCAUCCCUCCCAUCUCACCUCCAUCCCUCCCAUCUCACCUCCAUCCUCCCAUCUCACCUCCAUUCCUCCCAUCUCACCUCCAUUCCUCCCAUCUCACCUCCAUUCCUCCCAUCUCACCUCCAUUCCUCCCAUCUCACCUCCAUUCCUCCCAUCUCACCUCCAUUCCUCCCAUCUCACCUCCAUUCCUCCCAUCUCACCUCCAUUCCUCCCAUCUCACCUCCAUUCCUCCCAUCUCACCUCCAUUCCUCCCAUCUCACCUCCAUUCCUCCCAUCUCACCUCCAUUCCUCCCAUCUCACCUCCAUUCCUCCCAUCUCACCUCCAUUCCUCCCAUCUCACCUCCAUUCCUCCCAUCUCACCUCCAUUCCUCCCAUCUCACCUCCAUUCCUCCCAUCUCACCUCCAUUCCUCCCAUCUCACCUCCAUUCCUCCCAUCUCACCUCCAUUCCUCCCAUCUCACCUCCAUUCCUCCCAUCUCACCUCCAUUCCUCCCAUCUCACCUCCAUUCCUCCCAUCUCACCUCCAUUCCUCCCAUCUCACCUCCAUUCCUCCCAUCUCACCUCCAUUCCUCCCAUCUCACCUCCAUUCCUCCCAUCUCACCUCCAUUCCUCCCAUCUCACCUCCAUUCCUCCCAUCUCACCUCCAUUCCUCCCAUCUCACCUCCAUUCCUCCCAUCUCACCUCCAUUCCUCCCAUCUCACCUCCAUUCCUCCCAUCUCACCUCCAUUCCUCCCAUCUCACCUCCAUUCCUCCCAUCUCACCUCCAUUCCUCCCAUCUCACCUCCAUUCCUCCCAUCUCACCUCCAUUCCUCCCAUCUCACCUCCAUUCCUCCCAUCUCACCUCCAUCCCUCCCAUCUCACCUCCAUUCCUCCCAUCUCACCUCCAUUCCUCCCAUCUCACCUCCAUUCCUCCCAUCUCACCUCCAUUCCUCCCAUCUCACCUCCAUUCCUCCCAUCUCACCUCCAUUCCUCCCAUCUCACCUCCAUCCCUCCCAUCUCACCUCCAUUCCUCCCAUCUCACCUCCAUUCCUCCCAUCUCACCUCCAUUCCUCCCAUCUCACCUCCAUUCCUCCCAUCUCACCUCCAUUCCUCCCAUCUCACCUCCAUUCCUCCCAUCUCACCUCCAUCCCUCCCAUCUCACCUCCAUUCCUCCCAUCUCACCUCCAUUCCUCCCAUCUCACCUCCAUUCCUCCCAUCUCACCUCCAUCCCUCCCAUCUCACCUCCAUUCCUCCCAUCUCACCUCCAUUCCUCCCAUCUCACCUCCAUUCCUCCCAUCUCACCUCCAUUCCUCCCAUCUCACCUCCAUUCCUCCCAUCUCACCUCCAUCCCUCCCACCUCACCUCCAUUCCUCCCAUCUCACCUCCAUUCCUCCCAUCUCACCUCCAUUCCUCCCAUUUCACCUCCAUUCCUCCCAUCUCACCUCCAUUCCUCCCAUCUCACCUCCAUUCCUCCCAUCUCACCUCCAUGCCUCCCAUCUCACCUCCAUUCCUCCCAUCUCACCUCCAUUCCUCCCAUCUCACCUCCAUUCCUCCCAUCUCACCUCCAUUCCUCCCAUCUCACCUCCAUUCCUCCCAUCUCACCUCCAUCCCUCCCAACUCACCUCCAUCCCUCCCACCUCACCUCCAUUCCUCCCAUCUCACCUCCAUUCCUCCCAUCUCACCUCCAUUCCUCCCAUUUCACCUCCAUUCCUCCCAUCUCACCUCCAUUCCUCCCAUCUCACCUCCAUUCCUCCCAUCUCACCUCCAUGCCUCCCAUCUCACCUCCAUUCCUCCCAUCUCACCUCCAUUCCUCCCAUCUCACCUCCAUUCCUCCCAUCUCACCUCCAUUCCUCCCAUCUCACCUCCAUUCCUCCCAUCUCACCUCCAUCCCUCCCAACUCACCUCCACGCCAUGCUCCCUGUCCUCAUCCAUCCACCCUGCCCCCAUCCGCGCUGAGCAAGGGCACGAGCCUGGAGAGGGCAACGCUGCGCGCCUGAGCAAGGGCACGGGCUUGGAGAGGGCGACCCUGCGCGCAUAUGAUGAGGAGGUGGACAAACGCACUCUGCAUGAUGAUGGAGCAUGGCAUGGGCGGCCCCAUGUGCGGCCCAAGUGCACUCACAUCUUCUUCCUCCCAUUCUCUCCUCGCCCCCCCUCUUCACCAGGCGCCACCCAAGGGGUUCUUUGGCAUGAUGAUGGGGCGCGGCAUGGGCGGUCCCAAGGGUUCUUUGGCAUGAUGAUGGAGCGCGGCACGGGUGGUGGUCCCAAUCUUAUUUCUCCUCUCUCCUCCCCUCAAACUCCCCCGCUCUCUACCCUCCCCCCCCCACCCCCAGGCGCCCCCCAAAGGGUUCUUUGGAAUGAUGAUGGAGCGCGGCAUGGGCGGCCCCAACUGGUAGCGGCCAACGUGGGGAACUCGCACACGUACCCAACUUUGAUCGCUCACUUCCCUUGCUCCUUCCCUCUCCCCCUCUCCCCCUAUUCCCCUCUCCCCCUCUCCCUCCCACCAGACGGCUCAUACCAGCUGGUAGCAGCCAACGUGGGGGACUCGCACACGUACCUGUCGCGGGCAGGGGAGCCCGUCAAGCUGAGCGAGGACCACAAGCCCAACAUAGAGGCGGAGCGCAUGAGGAUGGAGCGCAAGAAGACUGUUAAGUCGACUAGAAGCAGCCUCCUCCCACCAUCUCCGCAUCUCCCAUCUUCCCACGCCCCACCGCCCCGCUGCCCGUGCUCUCGCCCCCUGCAGCCCAACAUAGAGGCGGAGCGCAUGAGGAUCGAGCGCAAGAACCCCACCCCCGGACAACCACUGGUAUGUCAGCGCGACUGGCAGAGACUCUGCGGGUAUGUUAGGCUGGCGGGUGCUGGUAUGGUAGGCUGGUAUGUCAGGCUGGUACGGCAGGCUGAUUCGGCAGGCUGGUACGGCAGGCUGGUUCGGCAGGCUGGUACGGCAGGCUGGUACGGCAGGCUGGUAUGGCAGGCUGGUAUGGCAGGCUGGUAUGGCAGGCUGGUAUGGCAGGCUGGUUUGGCAGGCUGGUAUGGCAGGCUGGUAUGGCAGGCUGGUAUGGCAGGCUGGUAUGGCAGGCUGGUAUGGCAGGCUGGUAUGGCAGGCGCACUGUGGAGCGAUGACUGUGGCGCGUCUCACUUGGCCCCUGCAACAGACACAGCACCGGCUGCUGCGUUUGAGUCGACUCAAAAGCACCUGCUGCUGCGGCAGGUGCGCAUGGCGGGGGGCGAGUGGCGGGUGGGAGGGCUGCUGGCGCUCUCGCGUGCCUUUGGAGACGUCUACCUCAAGGACUGGAGCGAUGGCACCAGGGACACCUCAUUGCCUCAUUGCCUCAUUCCCUCGGCAACUCAUCACCACAUGGCCUCAUUGCCUCUUGGCCUCGUCACAUCACGCCCUCUCCCUCCUUCCCGCAUCAGCUGGAGCGAUGGCACCAGGGACACCUCAUUGCCUCAUUGCCUCAUUCCCUCGGCAACUCAUCACCACAUGGCCUCAUUGCCUCUUGGCCUCGUCACAUCACGCCCUCUCCCUCCUUCCCACAUCAGCUGGAGCGAUGGCACCAGGGACGGCGCGCGCGGUGGCUUUGGGCUCACUGCUGAGCCCUAUGUCACUGUCCUCACCCUCGCCCCUGGCACCCAGGUGCCGUGGGUGGUUGCACUCACGUGCCAAGUCACCCCUUCCUCGUUCCCCGCAUGCCGCACGUCGUGUUGCUCUUCACUGAGACCUUACCCUCUCUUUCUGUGCCUUGCUGACGUGGCAGGCGAUGAUUGGCUGAUCAUGGGCUCGGACGGGCUGUGGGACGCAGUGAAGAGCCAAGAGGCCGUUGACCUGUGCCGCAAGCAAGGACCCGACGCACAGCUGGAUGCAGUGGCAGCAGAGCUGAUAGGCAUGGCACAGAAGAGGGGGUCAACGGAUGACAUCAGUGCCGUGGUGGUGCGCCUUCCCACUGCUGACGCUGCUCCUGCUGCAGAACAGUAG